GAACGGGUCGGGUAAAACCCGUUUUGAUCCAACAAUAAAACCUCAGAAGAAAGAAAAACCUCAGUGUGACGCAGCAGCAGCACUAGUACUCGUUUUCACUUUGGGGAGAAAUAUGAUGAAGCAAGCUCGCACUCUGCUCUCCAGGAGCCUUUGCAACCAAAGCAACUCACUUUUCGAAGGAAGCUCUAAGUCUUCCGCGUUGCGUGGUUUCGCAACCUGGACCGAUUCCUCCUCCUCUACCACUAAACGUGGUGGUAAAGUUACUUUCUUUCUUCUCCUCUUCUCUGCUUUGAGUUUUGCCCUAAUUUGUUUCCCUUUUUUCUGUUUCAAAGGUGAUGCUAAUAAGCCUAGUGGUCGUGUGUUCGCACCUUACGCUAUCUUCAAAGGACGAGCUGCUCUCUCUGUUGAACCUGUCCUCCCCACUUUCACCAAAAUCGAUCCUGGAAAUCUCAGGAUAGACCGUCGUGGAUCCGUGAUGAUGACUUUUAUGCCUGCUGUUAGCGAACGCAAGUACGACUGGGAGAAGAAACAGUUGUUUGCUUUGUCACCUACUGAAGUUGGAUCCGUGAUCAGCAUGGGUCCUCAGGACAGCUCUGAGUUUUUCCAUGACCCUUCCAUGAAAUCAAGUAAUGCUGGUCAAGUCAGGAAGUCACUGUCCAUUAAGCCACUCGCAGAUUCUACCGGCUACUUCUUUCAAUUGACCGUGGCCGAUAACAUCCACAACAGCAAUGACCGUAUUGUGGUUCCUGUCUCCAAAGCUGAAUUUGCAGUCCUGAAGAGUGCUUUUAGUUUUGCCCUUCCACACAUCCUGGGCUGGGAUCGGAUAACAGGAGGUGACGUUGGUAUUGCUGCCCAGGGGUUUGCUUCACUUCCAAAGGCUGAUCCGAUGCAGUUGGAGCUGGAGUGGGGUAAAGAGUAAAGACUGAUAUGAGAGUAGCAAUGUGGAGUAAAUUGACAAUGCAUGUGUUCCUUGUUUUUCUGGAGUUUGUUUUGGCGUACACAAAACUUGGCGUGAUGCUCUGUUCUUGAAUCUUAACAUGUCCUCUCUAAGACUACUUCUAAUUUUUGGGGCUUCUGCUCGUUAUCAUUAGCACUUAUGUUAUUUUGCGGUGAAAGCAUUUUGGUUUUCAGCUUAA